AUGACUGGUAAAUCCAAAGAUAAUGCACGAAAUAUAGAAAAAAAUCGGAAUCAGCACGGUCUGAAUAAUAUACCAACUUAUUUUCCACGUUUUUCGCGGAAAUCGUACUCAGGACGUUAUGGAGUGCCUUUGGUGAUGACAAAGGCGUCUAAUACUGUAGAUUUGGAUGAGUCUGAAGGGAAUGAGAUGUCUGAAAACAUCAUAGAAGCGUCAAAAAUAGAAAGUGCAGAGUGUCCAGAUCGUUUGAGUGUGGUUGUAGGAGAAAAAGAUGUAUUUGUGAAUACAAAUGGAUCAAAAACAAGUGUACGGAGCAUCUCAGAUGGGAGGCUAUCGGAUUCAAGUGAAUCAUUUGAGAAGGAUAUUCAUGUAUUUGGUGAAUUGGAGCAGAGUGAUGCUUUUUUGCCAUGUAUGCAGGAGAGUGAACAGGUAGUAGGUGAUAAAGAUGGCACUUUUUUAGCAACUGAAGAAGUGUCUGGUAUACAAAGUGCUCAAAAAGCUAAUUUUUUAUGUGAUACAAGUGUUUUUGAAGAACAAGAUGUAGAAAAAAUACCAUUAUCUUUAUACAAUGCGUAUACAAAAGCAGAUACAGAAACGGAGCAAGAAAUGGUAAAGGAUAAGCAAGUGGAACAUGAGGAAGUAUAUGAUGAGAUAAAAGAAAGUAAUGACAAAGAUUUGGAUGUUUCAGUAAGUAUAUCAUGUGAUUCUUCAAAGGACGAUCAGAUCCUACGGGGAAAAACUUGUGAUCGUAUUGUGCUUGAUUCUAAUGCUUUAGUUUAUAAUGAUUCUUGUAAUAUUCAAGCUUCUCAGCAAAAAAAUAUGCAAGUUCAAGAAUCGUGUAUAUCGCUUUCAGCAUAUCCUAAAGAAGAAAAUUUGCUUCCACUAACAUUGCCUGAUGAUUUUUCUGAUCAAGAAAGAGCUUAUGCUGUGCUUAGUGUUAAAGAAUGGGAAGAUAAAGGUUUAGAGAUUUCAAAAAGGGGUCUUCAGUUGAUUGAAAAAGUUAUUUUGUUGCGAAAACGGAAGGAAGAGCUUCUUUUUCAAGUACAAAAUAUGAUUGAUUUGCAUGCUGAAAAGCUGAUUCAACGUGAAGAAAGCUUGCGCUUGCGGGCAUUAGAUGUUAAAAAACGUGGAAAAGAGUUACUAGAUGGUGUGUAA